GAUUAAAGCUUGCUGGUGCUGAGUGGAAAAAUAAUCAAGUGGGAUUAGUUCCAUCACCGUUCACCAAAUUAGAAGAAUCACAAAUUCGAUGGGUCUUAAAGAGUGAGGCAAUUGAAAUUAAUGAUCAAACGGUUCAACUUCCAGUUUAUCUUAAUGAAGAUCGAAGCGAUUUACUUUUCAUAAUUAAUGCAAAUGCUAAGAAAGAAGAUAAGAAUAAAGUUGCUCAACGUGGUGUCGCAGUCGUUAUCUAA